AUGUUUACUUCCGAUCAGCUCUCUGCUACAAAAGGGCAGAAACCAACAUCUGAUGAAGUUGCAGUAGAACCGGGAUGCCCAGCGGCCUCAUCGGAUACACGAGACUCUCAGUGGAGGGCCUUGCCGGAGGUUGGCCCUGAUGAAAAUGUCGAGAUCGCUAGACAAUUUGUAGAAUUUAUGACUAAUAUCAAUGAAGCUGAUAACGGUUAUUAUGCAACGCCAGAAGCAGCUACUAUCGACGGUGUUCAGCGGCCGCCUCCUCCUCCUUACGGUGGGGACUCUACCAUGAAUCAGCAUGGUAUUGAGGACUUCCUGGGGGGAGGAGAUGCUGAGAGGUUGGGUUAUCCACUCUCGAUGUGUGUGCAAGGAGAUGAGUAUUGCUUUCAGUUGUCAGAGGAUGAUCUGCGCAAGGUGUUUGGAAGAUAUGGUGAAGUCCGGCUCAUUGAAGUUACUGGUCCCGGUAGAGAUGUUGCUCAUGUCUAUUAUGAACAGUUGGCUGAUGCACAGAAUGCUAUACAGGACCUUAACGAUAAGGUUCUAAAAGGAGUUCAGGGAGUUCUUCGGGUGGUAUGGGGCCUAUACCACGCUCCGUCCAAUUUUACUAGGGCUAAUCUCAUCAUCACCAAUCAUGAACAAUCGCAAUCCUCUGUUGUUGGUGAAGAGGAUGAUGAUGGUAGAAGUGGCAGAGAGGAGCCGUCCUCAAAUAAAGGGAGUCUGCUGGGCACCGAUCAUGGAAGCUGUUAUGAUGAUGCUACUCUCAACCAGCUUUUAUCUGAGCUUCGUAAAGGAUCAUCGCCGCUGAGUAGUGAGGAGCUGACGAAGGACCUGAGAGAUGUUCCCUCUACUGCUACUGCAUCAGCGGUAUCAUCGAGGAGAGCUUCGGAGGGUAUCAUUGGAUCGCCGCACUUACAAGGAGCGGAGGAACCUCAUGGUGAUGAGGAGGAGAAGGAUGCAGAUGAGACGGCGGUUGGAGUUCGGGCGCAAAAAGAAGUGUUGCCGUCCACAUCGGAGCCAAUGAGGAGUGGGUCAAUAAGGAAGUACACGUGUAGGUUUGAUAUAGGCAUUGAUAAUGAUAGGGAGUUCCAGGUUGCUCGAAGGAUCAUAGGGAAUAAAGGAAGUAAUAUGAAGAGGAUAGUCGGAUUGUCUAAUGCCAAGUUACGUUUGAGAGGUCAGGGAUCAGGAUAUCUGGAAGGAGCCAUAAGACAGGAGUCCCCCGAUCCACUUCAUCUUUGUAUAAGUUGUAUUACCAGGAAUGGUUACUUGGCCGCUGUGGAGGAGACUAAAACCCUUUUAAGACGGGUAUAUGCUGAGUGGAGGAAUUUCCAAAUUAAUAAAGGAAGAGGAGAUCCUGGCAUGAUGGAAAUUCAGAUGAAGGAACAUUUCCUUACUGGGUCAUCGUCAUCAUCAUCAUCAGCUGCUGCUGCUCUGUCACACAGCACCCAGGGAGCGAUUUUUGUCAUCACGAAGUUCCUCAACCAAUACUGCUACUAA